GUUCGUACAAAGAGGUUUUCUUUACUUUUUAUCAUUUUCUUCUAAAAGAAAAGUCUCCAGAUCCAAUUACAAGUUUUCUCAAAAACUCCCUAAUCCAUCUUAAAUUGAAACAAAAUACAAAAACUCAAAUCCGAGAGAGCUUCUCUUCUUUGAUUUGUUUGAUUAAAUCUCUUUUUUUUACCGUUAAUCUUUUGUUUGUAUUUGUAGAUUCCACUCUCAACCACUCAGAUUGAUCUCAGCUUCAUUGAUCUAUCUGCUGACUUGAGAUUCCGCGCCUCUGUUAUUAAUUUUUCAUCAUUGUGCCUUAAGUGUUUGUGUGUCUUUGUGUAUCCUUAGAUGAACAACGACCAAUCCAAGCUGAUGAAUCCACCACCGCCUCAACAGAGGAUGAAUCCUCCACCGCCGUUGCAGGUAAUGAACCCGGUUCAGCCUCGGAUUAUGAACCAGACUCCGUUGCUAAACCAGUCUCAGGGCUUAAACCAUCCAAUUAUUGGUAUGAUGAACCAGCAGCCACCACCACAGGCUAUGUUGAACAACAACAACCAGCCUCUGAUGAUGAAUCCACGUAACUAUAACCUUAACACCUCCGAGUAUCACAACCAGCCUAACAACUUCCCCUCCUCGAAAAUGAACCGUAACAACAAUAACAACUGGAAAGGGAAGAAGAUCGCUAACGACAAGAGACCUCCGAUGAUGAGGAAUCGCAACAACUCCACUAUUCCGAUCUACAACAACCCUGGCGUCGGUGGUGGUUCUGGCGGUUACAAGCCACCGGCGCUCAACGAGCUCCAAUCUCAGAACAGGAUGAAAACGAGGAAGUUCUACCCGAAGAAGAAGUACGGUAAUGCUAAUAAUAAUAAUAACCGUUACGUCCCUUACGCUCCGAGGAACACGACGUCGUUUAUCAUCCGAGCGAAGAAAUCGGGAGGAAUCGCCGAGCUGGUGUCUCCCUCCCCCGUGACGCCGGCUGUACUCCCGACGCCGAUGUUUUCUCCGUCGAGGGAAGUGUUGGGAGAUAUGGCGAAGGAGGAGUGGGGCGUUGACGGUUACGGAUCAAUGAAGGGGCUGAUUAGGCUUAGAUCUGAUGGACAUGAGUUGGAUGAUGAUGAGGAAGAGGAAGGUGGAUCUAGUGAGAGUGAUGUUGAGGAGCAUGUUGAGGUUGAGAGGCGGUUGGAUCAUGAUUUGAGUAGGUUUGAGAUGAUUUAUCCGAGUUACGGCGGUGGUGGUGGUUCGGAGUAUAACAAUGUGUUGGAGAAUCGUGUUGAUGAUCAGGAUAGUCAUAUUGCGCAGCUUGAGGAGGAGAAUUUGACGUUGAAGGAGAGGCUGUUUUUGAUGGAGAGGGAGUUGGGUGAUUUGAGGAGGAGGUUGCAGUAUUUGGAGAGGAGGGAUAUGGUUGCUGAAGAUGUUAAUGAGGAGGUUGUUGAGAAUGAGAAUGAGAAUGAGAAUGAGAAUGAGUCUGAGAGUGAGGGUGAUGAUACUGGUGGAUCUGAUGCACGUACGAGUGGGGAUACAAAGGAGAAUCAUGUUGUUGCUGAAGAUAUUUGUAUGCAGGAUGUUGCGGUGAAAGAAAACAAUGCGGAUGAAGCAAAAGAGACCCAAGAUACUAAGGAACAAGCUGAAAAGGAGUUUGAAGAAUGUGAGGAAGCGAAUCCGGUUAUGGUUGGUAUGGGUCAGAGUAAGGGAAAUGAAAUGGCGGUUGAGAAGGUUGAAGAUGCAUCAGAGAAUGAUUCUAUUGGAGAACAAGGAAAAGCCAUGUGAUAUGAUUACUUGGACAGGCGUUUUAGUGAUGGAUCGUUAUGAUGUAUAUGUGAAAAUGUGCUUGUCUUUAGGAGUUGUAGUCUUAGUUAUCUCAUCGCUUAUGGUGUCAGGUUCAGGAGAGUUGCUUUCCCCCGGUGAAGUUCAUAUGAGGAAGACAUGCUGCAGGGAGCUGAGCUUGAAGAGAAUCUCUGAGUAGCUUCGGGCCGAAUUGCAGACAGGAUAACGCGUCCAAGUUUGGGCCCAUAUGGGUCAGUGGGUUAACCUAUUUUAAUUAUCAGCAUACCAACCGAACAUCUAUAGAAAACUACACAAAACGCCUAGCAACCAAUAAAAGAUAUCAAUUUUCCCAUGCAACUAGAUCAUUAUUGUUUUGUUAAAUAUUCUUUUAUUGAGUUAAGUACUACUUAAAAGAAGGAAUCAAAACGUGGUCAAGUUUACCCAAGACUUCCAUAACCGGAAUCUACUUUUGCCAGAAUUUUUAUUCCUUUCAAUCAAAUACAUUUUAU